AUGAAGAGGACUAUGCCAUGGAGUGACGAUUAUGAGUCAUCAUCUUCACAUUCAGACUCUGAACAUGAUAGUGAAACUGGAGGGGAAAACUCCAAAGGUAAAUCUAGGAAGCAGAAAAGUGGUGUAAUUGACUUUGAGGCUCUGAAGAGACACGGGUAUAGAGGUGGACCUUCAAUUCUAAAAGUACCCGCACCCAAAGAAGGGGAUGACUCGAAGCAAGAUUGGUCGUGGUCCACAGGAAAAGAAAAGCGUGUAGACAAGGAGAUUGAAGAAUCAUAUGAAGAGCGACAGAAAACAAGGGAGGCUAUUUCCCAAGGAGAGCAGCUGCCAGCUGCUCUGACUAGGAAUGACAAGAAGAAUCUUUCUUUCUCUCAGAAGGAGAAGAGGAAGAGAGAACUGGGUCAAGCUAGCAGGGGCAAAAAUUAUGUUGAAGAAGAGAAGAGGCUGUUGAGAGAGAAUGGUAUCUAUUCGGGGUUUGAUGCUUGA